UUUGAUUUACCUCCUGUCGUGCAGAAGCCGAGAGAGCGCGCGACGCGUCGUCUCGCACAGCUCGCGCUUUCGAAAUCCGCAAUAGUCAAAACACGGGAAACGGGAGUCAACGGGAGUCGAAGCGAUGAUCCGCUGAAGUGUUUCUCGUCGUGAUUCCGUCCUUCGUUCUUUGACUCGCGAUGUCGAUCAGGCCGUUGUGGCCUGACCUGCGCCCGCGGGCGACCGAUCCGCUGUGGUUCAACGCCGAUAGACCGUGCGACGACGAGAGCGAGGUCGCCGCUCUUGAAGCGGAGCACCAGGCUUGGAGGGAUCACGUGCGUGUGCAGGGCUACGAGCACAUUCCGAUCGGGAAGACUGUGAGCGAUUUUAGAGGAUCGGAGGGGGAAGAGGAGGAAGAGGAGGAGGAGGAAGGCGAAGGCGAGGAGGAAGACGAGUCGGAUACUCACGAGGAAGAGGAGGAGGAGCUCGACGAGAUCGACAUGGAGGUCAGUUAUUCCCAUCAUCCGCAGAGGUCUAGUCCGACGGACACGGUGACCGCUCCCGUAUCCAUCCGGAUGGUCAACGCAUCGAAUUUAACUCGUUAUUCUUAAUCUUUGCGUAUCGAUUCAAAUGUACAUACCUGUGAUCGCAAAUUUCGUUUAACUACUUAGUGAAUAGUGAAGUAAUUCUUAUAUAAUUCUAAUACCAAGUACUUAUACGUCUAUUGGAGUUCUACAGAUCGAUGGUACCAACGUGUAACCGAAUAAAAAAAUCUAUCCGUUCUCUAUCCCUAA